ACAACAAGAAGGAUACUGCCUGAACUGCUAAAAGGAUGCCUCUCAUGAUGGAUGGAGGUCCCUCUAAACCUCGACUCAAUGCCAUCUGCACAAUGAUUUUCCAUUUCACUGCUGCCGUCCUCUUCCUAACUUGUCCUUGCAGAGGUCAGUCUCAGAUGGUCAGUCCUUCACAGCCAAUUGUGGCAGCAGUCGGUCAAGACAUCAUGUUACCAUGCCAUCUGGAACCUGCUGUUAAUGUCACUGACAUGACUGUGGAGUGGACGAGACCUGACCUGAAUCCUAGAUUUGUUUAUGUGUGGCGUGACGGUGUGGAACUAGAGAUGAAAAAACAUCAGUCCUAUGUAGGGAGAACAUCAGUGUCCAUCACCAAAUUGAAACAUGGAGACAUUUCACUGAAACUCUGCAAAGUAAAAAUCUCUGAUAAGGGGAAAUACAGGUGCUUUAUUCCCACACUGAGCAGAGAAUCUACUGUUGAGCUUGUUGUUGGUGCAGUCUCUUCACUCACUGUUAGCUUUAUGAGGACUGACAAUGACCUCAGAGGAGUGGUGUUACAGUGUGAGUCUGCAGGCUGGUAUCCAGAGCCUGAGGUGCUGUGGCUGGACGGUGAGGGAAAGCUCCUCUCUGCUGGACCUACAGAGACAGUCAGAGGUCCUGAUGACCUCUAUACUGUCAGCAGCAGAGUGACUGUGGAGAAGAGACACAGCAACAGCUUCACCUGUAGAGUCCAACAGAGGAACAUCAACCAGACCAGAGAGACACACAUCCAGGUUCCAGAGUAUCUCUUCAUGGCCCAGUCUAAUGCUGCUCACAUCAUCAUCUGCUUGAUUGUGUGCAUCCUGUCUGUUGUUGCAGUUGUAUUCAUUGUUCGGAAAAUGGGACAAAUAGAAAAAAAAACCUCAGACGGCAGCACAGAACUUCAGCAUCUGAUGGGGGGAGGAUUCAGAGAGAAGCUCAUGACAGGAAGGGACAAUGCAAAGGCAAAACUUGAUGAAGAGUUACAAAAGAACAAGGGAGAACUGCAACAUGUACAACAGGUGAUUACAACACUGAUGGACCAGAAGGAAGGUCUGGAGAACCAGGAAGAGAAACUCAACUCACUACUGCAGAAGGACAAUGCAGAGAAAGAGGAGAAUGAGAAGGACCAGGAAAAUAUAGGAUUCAUGGAGAAAGAAAAAAAGAAGAAACUUGAAAAGAUGAAAGAGGAUGUGGAGAGGAGAAUGAAGGCAUAUACUUUUUUUUGCAGACACAGGUGCUUGUGUUUUAUGGUCUAGAAAUCUCGUACUCGUACUUGUACUCGUCGUCCUCCGCUUAUCCGGGUCCGGGUCGCGGGGGCAGCAGCCCCAGCAAGGAAACCCAGACAGUCCUCUCCCCAGCCACUUCCAUCAGCUCUUCCGCGGGAACCCCGAGGCGUUCCCAGGCCAGCCGGGUGAUGUAGUCCCUCCAGCGUGUUCUGGGGCGGCCCCGAGGUCUCCUCCCGGUUGGACAUGCCCGAAACACCUCCCAAGGGAGGUGUCCGGAAGGCA